AUGGCUUUAACAGAAAGACGUCCUAUUGAAUCGCUAGGUAUGGCUUCGCCUGCCUCACCAACCUUUAACCCAAACACUUUGAGCAUUGCUUCAACCAAUGGAAGAAAGAACAGAACAAAGAGUCUACCAUUGCACCCUACAGAAAAAGGAAAUGAAGAAAAUCAAAAUGAAAAUGAAAAAGAAGACAAGGAAUUAGGAGACGUGGUGGAUGAAACUGGACAAACUGACAAUAACGAACAUGCUGUUAAAGGAGACUUAAAAUUAGAAGAACAAGAUGGUGGAUAUGAAAAUGAAAUAGAAAAUCACGAAGAAGGUCGGAAACAGCAUCAAGCUCAAGAUCAGCAUAAGGCAAAGAUAGAAGAAGAGCAUAGUCCGCGAACAACGGUGUCUAAUGCUCGUAAACAGUCCAUUGCAACUGGGUUGGCGAAGAUGGGUAUCGAUAGUGAGCCAAGCAGUUCAAGCUCGAGAAGUACAACCCCAGAAUCCAUCUUGGACAAAGGUAAAAACUCAACUAGAGAAUCAUCACCACCAACAUCUACAUCGAGUCCACCCUACUCCAAUGAUGUCGCCAACAACAAUAACAGUAACAACAACACCAGCAACCCUUUGAACAAUAUCAACAGUGGUAAUAUUACCUCUGCAAAAAAGGUUAAAAAAUUGAAGCCAGUUUCAAGAGCACCAAUUGCCACUGGUAUCUCCACUGCCAUCCCUGUUACUGGUGAGAAGCCCAAACCAUUACAAGAAGGUGACGACUCACUCGAAGACGACGUGUUAUACGCCAUCUUUGUCAUCUUAUUCGAGCACGAUCCAAACGGACAGGGUCUCACUGUCAAGCAAAUUUGUGAUGUUCUCACUGCAGAAAAACCUGAAAUGGCCAACUUGUCUACAAAAACUUCAAACUUGGUGAGUGCAAAAUUAAAUGCAUACAUCAAGAGAAUUGAAAAGGGAGACACCAGCUUGAAAUAUGCCAUUUCAAGAGAUUGGGCUGAUGCGUCACCAAAAAGAAUGGUUUAUGUUUACAGAGGUAUAUUGGCCCCUGGUUACGAACACGUAGCUAAGAAAUUAGUUGAAAGUUUAAAAAAGAACGAUCGUGGUAACAACGAAACCAGUGCUAAUGGUACUAAUAAUGUUAAUGGCACUAUUGACGAGUCGAGCCAAUCGCCAAGAGGUAAGCCAAAUCCUAAUGCGCAAUUGACAAGCAUCGACAAUGAUCCAUUGGCCAAUUCCCACAUUUCGCACCCAGAUAACGAUAUCGAUGCUGAUUCGUUUGAAGCUACUAAGCAAGCAAGUUUGGCUAAACCAAGAAGACAAACAAUGUUUGAUUUGGGAAUCACAAAGCAUUCAUUCUUUGAGUCACAUGGCAACUUUGAAAAACCAAACUUGAAUGUUCCAUACUCCUCUGCUCCAGUUGCUGCUGCUGCAUUAUCGUUGACUCCAUCACCUGCGGCAGCAUCUGCAUCAUCCUCAACAUCAGCGUCAGCAACGACAACAACAGCAGCAACAGCAUUGUCAAAAAAUGAACAAUCUGCUAAUGGUGUUGGAGAGAAAAGAGGUGAUGACGACGACGAAGAUGAAGAUGACGAAGAUCUUGAUAUUGAAAUAGAUAUGGAUAUGGACAUGGAUAUGGGUAUGCCAAUGGAUGUAAUUUUUAGCGAUGACGAAGAUGAUGCUGAAGAAGGCGAAGGUUCAAACUCGAACAAAAAUGGCUCUUCCCACAUGAUCACCACGGUAAGGAAGAACGGUAAGAGAUCCAAGUCAAUGUCCUAUUUAUCAGUAAAGAAGAAGUUUGUUACUGCAGCUGCAGCUGCACCUAGAUUCUCUUCACGUGCACCUUCUAGUUUACAGCAAAGUCCACCACAUGCAGCAAUGGCGGCUGCAGAGAUGCACGCCGCAGCUUUGAGAGGAUGUUGUGGCUCUUAUGGCCAGGACAAUUCGAAAUGGUUGGAUGUUGUGAGACUGGGGUUCUUGACCCAGGAUAUUGGUGCGCCAGAAGAUACCGAUAUCAGUCUGUUUUUCUAA